AUGGCAACUAGACUUCAAUUUGAAAAUAAUUGUGAAGUUGGAGGCUUCAGUAAACUUACUAAUGCCUACUGUUUGGUCCCCAUUGGAGGUUCUGAGAACUUCUACAGUGUAUUUGAAGCUGCAUUAGCAGAUGUUAUCCCUGUGGUCAAGACAUCCAUUGCUGGUAUUCGUACUCUUGGUUAUCAAUGUGCUGGAAACAAGAAUGGGCUUCUUGUGCCCCAUACCACCACAGACCAAGAACUUCAACAUUUGAGGAAUAGUCUACCUGAUCAAGUUGUUGUUCAGAGAAUAGAAGAAAGAUUAUGUGCUCUGGGAAAUUGUAUAGCAUGUAAUGAUCAUGUGGCCCUUGCACACACUGAUCUUGAUGCGGAGACUGAGGAGAUUAUUGCAGAUGUUCUUGGAGUAGAAGUUUUCAGGCAAACCAUUGCUGGUAAUAUUCUUGUUGGUAGCUACUGUGCCUUCUCUAAUAGAGGUGGUUUGGUCCACCCUCAUACUUCCAUAGAAGACUUGGAUGAACUUUCUACACUUCUUCAAGUUCCUUUAGUGGCUGGGACUGUGAACAGGGGUAGUGAAGUAAUAGCUUCAGGAAUGUCUGUUAAUGAUUGGAUAGCAUUUUGUGGUUCAGACACCACAGCGACAGAGCUAUCUGUGAUUGAGAGUGUUUUCAAACUCAGAGAAGCACAACCUAGUGCCAUUGUAGAUGAGAUGAGGAAAUCCCUCAUUGAUAUCUAUGUUUGAGUUGUU